AUGCCAUACGUAAACAACGGCGGGGGAACCCUCACACUUCCCUCUCCGACACAUGUUCAUCAUGUCGACGUGACCUCAGCAGUACGUUCACUUCGACGUUCUCUCUCUAAAUCACCGUCAAAAUUCCGUUUAGUCACCGCUGCAAGCAGUCCGUCACCGAAGUCACCCCUAUCGCCAUCUCCACUCUCUCCAAAUCCGGCUCCGAGUACUACAAACUCAAGUAGCAACUUACCACACACUCCCUCGCCAUUAGCCGUUCCAUUUCCUCCGAGUGUCAAAUUAGCAUUGCGCUCAUCUUCCCGGAUCAAACCUUCGCAAUCACGUCAAUCACCGCGCGCCCGAACUUCGCCAAAAUCACCAUACAAACGCAAUACAACCCGAAACUUAGAAGCACAUACUGUGGUGCCAUCCUUGUGCACUGAUGCAAGUAGAGGCCUGGAUAGUAUCGUCAGCAACCUCAAUGCGGAAAAGACGAGCUCAACCAUAGGAAUCACACAUCCUAUCAAUCCUGCCCUCACAAGACUUGGUAUCGAAAACGCUAAUGAGGUUCCGCCAGGAGCGCAAACCUCAAGUCCACUGAAACGAAACGACACCAUAAUGAAUUUAGAUCAGGCAAGUCUGGGGAGUCCUGUAGCUAAGCGUCGGAGCCUACAUGGAUCCGGAAAUUUUGGCCAUGAUUUCAAUAUAUUUGACCAUGGACCAUCAAACUUUGAACCCCAUGAAGAAGUAGUCCAGGAAUAUGAGCUUUCAUCAUCUUCAAUAACUGCCGAAAUAUUGCCUUACGCAUCAUUACCGCGACGUUCUUCCUCUCUACGAAAAUCAACACUACAGCAGCGUCACGGAGAAAAAACAUCAUGGGGCAGAAGACAUGCAGCCCAGAUCCUAGCAGCUCAGCAAGCUGCUAACUCUGCCACAACCGGCGUAAUCCCGGAAGUCGUGUCUACCAGCCAUACUAAAAACCGACCUCGCUUGUCCCUUGACCAAUUUAUGCCACCUUUGCCACGAGAUAGUCCAUUCUCAACUCAAGUUGGAUUAUUGAACGCAUCAGUACACGCCUUAAAUCAGUCUACCCACCAACCACACCCUCUUUCCCGCACCAUAACCACAUCAUCCUCCAGCUCAAAUAAUUUAGAUGAGUCACCCACACACGCGCCUAUUCACACUGCCAUACACCGUCGAUCAAAACCCGAUUUUUCCAAGUCAAUGCCAGCUGGUGCAUUGAGGCCAUUUAAGCUUGGAACCCAAGUCAAUGAAGAUGCAACAUUCGUAACUCCGCAAAAUUUUCGAUCUGUCAAACCUUUGCCUGCGGCUUUCGUCUCUACAGGACUUAUCUCGAAAGUUAAUCGGAAUCCUGAGGAUCCUUUAACUUCCAGAGGAGCUAACAAAAAUCAUGUGCCGGACACACCGUGCAAAAAGCACGUCAAUGGCUUCGCUACAUAUCCAGCGCCAGUCCCUGGUAGUGCUAUUGCCAAAGCUCGUCACAUUCGUCACUCCUUCGGCGCACCAUCGACACCGUUUAACCCGCACCUCGAUUCUCAGUCAAAUAUAGGAGAGAGAAGCAGGGCCACAUUCGGAGGUGUAUUCGGAGGGCGCGGGAUGAGCAGGAGAUCAAGUCUCCUGAGCUUGGACAGUGAGGAUUCAGCCUCCCCCGAAUUGAAGUGUGAUAUCCAAUCUGUCGCAGACCUCGAACUUCCUCCAACGCCCACGAAACAAUCACUCAUUGUAAGACAAGAGAAUGUUAGUCCUAGUUCCAACAGAAAUAUCCCGGCUUCAUUUGGUGGACACGAUCUCGUCCUCAAACUUCCCAAGCAAAGUGUUCACGUUUCCAGUCGCACUGACUUUCUCAGCCGCUUGUCUCCCCAUACCCCGUUAGAAUCUCCAUCCGGAGCAACAACACCUCCCGACCCAAGCGGACUCAGCAUAUCACACCACCUUAACACAAAGACAUCAAAUCCAUGCGCUGGUGCCUCAAUGCCUCCACCCGCUACACCAACAGCCGGAAGAGAGCAUAACUUUAAAAUUGGAGGAGCUUUACGGAUGAGUUCAACGCCCGUAAGUUCGUACUCUUUGAAUGAUAUUGAUGCAUCCCUCGCUUCCAAAUUCGAAAAAGUUGAGAUGAUUGGAACUGGUGAAUUUUCCCAAGUCUUCCGCGUUACCGAAAGGCCUCUACAACCAGGAUCUCCAUCCUCAAACCGUAUAUUUGCAGUGAAGAAGACAAGGCAUCCAUUCCAAGGGAUACGAGAUCGUGAGCGAAAGAUACAAGAAGUCAAUAUACUCAGAGCGCUUGGUGAUUCUGACUAUAUAGUUCAUCUCCUGAACAGUUGGGAAGAAAAGAAUCAUCUGUACAUACAAACUGAGUUCUGUGAAGAGGGUAGUAUGGAUCUAUUUUUAUCUCAGGUCGGUCGGAAAGGGAGAUUGGACGAUUUCAGGAUUUGGAAGAUUCUCCUUGAGCUGGGACUCGGGUUGAAACAUAUUCAUGAUAAGGGAUUUAUUCACUUGGAUCUCAAGCCCGCAAAUAUUCUGAUAACCUUUGAGGGUGUCCUCAAAAUCGCUGACUUUGGCAUGGCUACUUCUUGGCCUGCACCCCAAGGAAUUGAAGGUGAGGGGGACCGAGAGUACAUAGGGCCAGAAAUACUUGAAGGAAAUUACGAUAAGCCAGCCGACGUCUUUGCACUUGGACUUAUAAUGCUCGAAAUAGCUGGCAAUGUACAGUUGCCGGAUAACGGACCAACAUGGCAACGUCUGCGCUCUGGAGACGUCAGUGACGUUCCUAGCCUUACGUGUGUUAGUGACUGUCAAAUCCGUCGGGACGCAACUGGAAUUCCUCUGGAUGAAAGCGACCUGAAUGUAGGCUCACUCGGUAGUGAUGAUGAGCUUGAAACAGAAUUCAGUUCGCCAACCUUUAGCUGCCGCAAGCGAAGCUAUGGACGGUGCAGCAGGUCACUCUCACACGACCCAAGCAAUCUUUUUGGCUCCAUGCGCAGGGGCGAGUUGCACAAAGCGCCUCAGUUUAUGAAGGAUCAAAAUCAUCCAACCUCUCUUGACCAGUUAGUUAGAUGGAUGAUUACCCCUAACCCUCAAGGUCGACCCGUCGUUCAUCAAGUGCUCGAGUCUGAAGGAGUUUCUUGGGUGGAAACUAGGCGUCGCGCUGGCGCUACCGUAUACGAAGGCAAUUGGGGCCCUGCCGACGAAGCUUUAGCUGUUGAUACCGAGAUGGGAGAUGUCUAG